UAGCUGUUUUGUGAUUGAGAAACAAGAUAUUUUCUCAACUUGUCUUUACAAGGAUAUAUGGAAUACAACAACUUUGUUCAACUGCAACAUGUCAGUUAAUAAUACAAUUAUAUCCAAACAACUGUUAUUAGAAUUUGAGUUCACAUUAAACACUCCCUUAAUCCAAAUUAUCUAGCAACUUCAAUCUCAAUAAAUUUCUAAGUUUCUUGAAUCUAUUUUGUCUAAGAGAUUUGGUGAAAACAUCAAUAAAUUGUUCUUCAGAAAAGCAGUACACCAGUUCCAACCUGCCUUUACCCAUUUGAUCUUUGAGAAAGUGGAAUUUUGUCUCUAUAUGCUUGUUGCUACCAAGCAAAACUGGGUUCUUGGAUAAACUGAUUGCAGAUUUAUUAUCCACAAGCAACUGCACUGGUUUUUUACACUCAUGUCUUUACAAGUAUAUAUGUAAAACAACAACUUUGUACAACUGCAGCAUGUCAGUUAAUACAAUUAUUCCAACCAAACAACUACAUUAGAAUUUGAGUUUACAUAACACACCCCCUUAAUAUAAAUUAUCUAGCAACUUCAGUCCCAAUAAAUUUUUGAGUUUCUCGAAUUUGUUUUGUCUAAGAGACUUGGUGAAAACAUCAACGAUUUGUUCUUCAAAAGAGAAAUACACAAGUUCCAACCUGCCCUUACCCACUUGAUCUCUGAAAAAGGAGAAUUUUGUCUCUAUAUGCUUGCUCCUACCAUGCAAAACUAGGUUCUUGGAUAAACUGAUUGCAGAUUUAUCAUCUACAAGCAACUGCACUGAUUUUUUACACUCAAAGUUCAAUUCUUCUAACAAUGUUCCCAACCAUAAGCAUUGACAAGUUGUUUCUGCAUAAACAAUGUACUCUGCUUCACAAGAAGAGAGUGCCACUACAUUUUUGUUUCUUUGAGCACCAUGAAAUCAAAGCAUUCAUGUACUUGAAUAAGUAACCAAACAUACUUCUUCUAUCCACCUUAUCUCCACACCAAUCUGAAUUAGCCAAGUCUCCAAAGUUUCUCCUAUUUGAUUAGCUUUCCUCGGGAAAAACAAACUCAGCUCUAUUGUUUCCUUUACAUACCUUAGGAUGUGUUUUGCAAUUGUCAUGUGUGGUUUUUUGGGAUUAUUUAUGAACCUGCUGACCAAACCAACUCCGAAGGCUAUAAGGCUAUAAGGCUAUAUCAAGUCUGUUGUUGCAGACAAAUCUAAGAGAUCCAACUAUAUGUUUAUACAGUGUUGCAUCUAUUGCCUUCUCACCCAAUUCUUUAGUCAACUUUAAGUUUGCAAUUAUUGGUACUAGAAUUGCAUUGCAAUUUGUCAAGUUGAACUUCUUCAGGACCAUGCGAAUGUAUUUAUUCUGAUGCAGAAAAAUGCCUCUGUCAGUGUGCACAAAUUGCCGUCCCAAAAAAUAGCUCAGUGUACCUAGAUCGGUCAUCUCAAAUACUAAAAUCAUUUUCUCCUUAAAUUUCUCAAUCUCAACCUGUGUUUCACCUGUUUCAAUCAGGUCAUCAACAUAGAGGCACACUUUCAACAAUUUCUUGUGAGAAUUUUCAACGUUUUAAUAGAGAUGUACAAAGGACAACGUUUUAAUGAAGGCAUGGAAUGAACUUGCAGAAAGGUGCAGAAAGUCUAUGAGUCAACACUGCUCUUUCUCAUACAAAUUCCACAUGCAAUGCACACCACACACAUUUUCUCUAUCUCUUUCCACAAAUAUGGACACCUUCAACAAAUCCUAUCAUAAUUUUUCUGGAAAAACUGUGUUUUCAUUUUUUCACUGAUAAAGAUUGGGAAGAAUUUUGAAAGGAUGUUUCCAUUGAGAAGAGUUAUGGCAUUCUAUAUGAUGAGUGAGGUAUUAUCUGUGAUUUGUCACGCCAUGCCUCCUUCUUCCAUCAUUCAGGAACGACAGGCUUUGCUCCACAGUGGUUGGUGGAAUGAUUAUCUAAAUAUCUCAGAUCAUUGUUAUUGGCCGGGUAUCUUUUGCAACAAAACUCUAAGAAGUGUUACUGAUAUUGACAGUGGGUCCAUGAAGAUUCCUUCGUCAAAAGAAUUGCUUUGGAUUGAGAAGUUGAACGUCACUGCCUUCCCCAAUUUAGUCUAUCUGCAUCUAUCUGGAAUGGGUCUUAGAGGAACCAUCCCCACAGAAAUAGGCUCUCUUAGAUACCUUGCCUCUCUUGAUUUGUCCAACAAUGGUCUCCAAGGUUCAAUCCCUCCUACUUUAGGUCGAUUGGAGAACUUAGUACGUCUCUACCUUCAUUCUAAUCAAAUAGAAGGUGACAUACCUGAGCAUUUAGGAAAUUUGUCCAAAUUAGAAGUUUUGCAACUAUCUCAUAACAAAAUUUCGGGUUUAUUACCUCCAAAACUUUUGCAAAUGAACAAAAUGUCCUCUUUAAAUCUCUCGUCAAAUCAAUUAUGUGGUUCAAUCCCAUUAAAAACCAUGAGCUGUCCCUUUGCUACAAUAGUUGAUUUGAGUCAUAACUUGUUUAAUGGAAGCAUAACCUCUCAAAUUGGUUGUGUAAAUGACCUUAAUCUUAGUCACAAUUUUAUUGUGGGUGAGAUUCCAUCUCCUUUUACAUGGAGCUCCGAACUUAGACGAUUGGAUCUGAGUUAUAAUAAUCUUUCAGGUAAAGUACACCGGGAACUUUCUAGUCUAUCAUACAUAAACCUUGCAUACAAUUCCUUGAACUUCUCACAAGACCUUGACUCAAAAUGGAAGGUACCAGACUAUUGUUUUUUCAAGGAAGACUCGUUAAUUGAUGAUAACCACAUGCAGAAUUUCACAUAUUGCCACUUGAUGAACCACACGAAUCCUCAAACUAGAAAAAGUAAUCCCAUGAUCUUGUUAAUUGUUCUUCCUAUAAUUUUCUUCAAUCUUUUUGUACUCCUUCCAUUAAUAUAUUUCUCAAGAUGUAUUCCUAAGAAAAAAUAUGGAGGAAUAUCAACAAAGAAUGGAGACUUGUUUUCUAUAUGCAAUUAUGAUGGUAAAAUUGCAUUUGAGGAUAUCAUUGAAGCAACUGAAGACUUUGACCUCAAGCAUUGUAUUGGGACAGGCGGAUAUGGUAGUGUUUAUAGAGCACAAUUACCCAGUGGUAACGUUGUAGCAUUAAAAAAGCUUCAUCGAAUGGAAUCUCAAAAUCCAUCUUUCAACAGAAGUUUCCACAAUGAGGUGAAAAUGUUAACGGGAAUUCGUCAUAGAAACAUUGUAAAGCUUCAUGGCUUUUGCCUCCACAAUCAAUUCAUGUUUCUUAUCUAUCAAUACAUGGAAAGAGGUAGUUUAUUUUAUAUUUUGAAUAAUGAUAUGGAAGUUCAUGAGUUGAAUUGGAAUAAAAGGGUAAAUGUCAUUAAAGGGUUGGCACAAGCUUUAAGCUACAUGCAUCAUGAUUGUACCACACCAAUUGUUCAUCGAGAUGUAACAAGUAGUAAUGUUCUAUUAAACUCACAAUUAGAGGCUUGUCUCUCAGACUUUGGCACAGCUAGACUAUUGGAUCCUGAUUCUUCAAAUCAAACCUUGGUAGUUGGCACUUAUGGCUACAUUGCCCCAGAGCUUGCUUAUACGUUGAGUGUGACAGAAAAAUGUGAUGUUUAUAGUUUUGGGAUAGUGACUUUGGAGACAUUAAUGGGAAAACAUCCUAGGGAGUUAAUCUCAACUUUAUCAAACCCAAUAACUCAAAAUAUGUUGGUGAAAGAUCUCUUGGAUUCACGUCUUCCUCCUCCUCAUGAGAAAGAUGCUCAAGAUGUAAAUCUUGUGAUAAAUGUAGCAUUAUCAUGUUUGUGCUCCAAACCAAACUUGAGGCCAUCAAUGCAACAAGUGGUUGAGAAACUCUCUAGUUUUAAAUUUCCAUUAGAUUCGCCUUUCCAUGAAGUUUUCAUCCGUCAAGUGAUGAGCCAAGACAUAUUUCAUCUUUCAUCCAAGUUUUAAGAAUGAACUCUAAUGAGCCAAAGUUAUGGGAAGUAACAAUGUUUUGCAUAUUUAGACAAGAGUAAGAAAUUAUCGGUCACUAAAUGCAACAAAUUUAGGUGAUUGUUGUUUUGUUCUAGUUUACUUUAAUAAUUUCUUUGCUAUUUUGGUUUACCUUUAUUUGUUUAUAUUGUGACUAAUCAUGUAACCAUUCACCUUUCUCAUAAU